AUGCCAUCCACAGCUCUGCGCCUGCGGACCCUCGGGGCCUUUGCGCGCCAUGCGACAAACCCCACCGCCGUCUUGUCCAGGUCAUUUUCUGCCACCGCCCGCCGAGCUGAGAUCAACAAGGUGCUGCCCUCUGCCACCGAGGCAAUCAAGGACCUCAAGGCCAACUCGACUCUCCUGUGUGGUGGAUUUGGUCUCUGCGGUGUCCCCGAUACUCUGAUUGACGAGGUCCUCAAGCGGCCCGAUGUUACUGGUCUGACGGCUGUGUCAAACAAUGCCGGCACCGAUAGCUCCGGUCUGGGCAAGCUUCUCAAGACAAAGCAGGUGAAGAAGAUGAUUGCUAGCUACAUUGGCGAAAACAAAACAUUUGAAACAAUGUACUUGACUGGAGAAGUCGAGCUGGAAUUGACUCCCCAGGGCACACUGGCAGAGCGAUGUGCGGCCGGUGGCAAGGGCAUUCCUGCUUUCUACACUCCCGCAGCCUUUGGUACUGUCGUCCAGACCGGCGACCUGCCACUCAAGAACAAGCCCGACGGCUCACCGGAUGUGUACUCUUACCCCAAGGACGUCAAGGUCUUCAACGGCAAGCCAUACCUGCUUGAGGAGAGCAUUGCUGGAGACUAUGCCUUUGUCAAGGCUUACAAGGCCGACAAGCUCGGAAACUGCCAGUUCCGUCUCGCCGCCAACAACUUCAACGGUGCCAUGGGUCGCAAUGCCAAGAUCACCAUUGUCGAAGCUGAACACAUUGUCGAGCCCGGCGAGAUUCCUCCCGAGGCCAUUCACCUGCCCGGUAUCUACGUCAAGCGCGUUAUCCAGAGCACAGCCGAAAAGAACAUUGAGAAAUAUACCUGGGCCAAGGACGAUGCUGAUGCCGACUCCAAGGCCGUCCUAGGAACAGGCGAAACCGCGGCCAAGCGAGAGCGGAUCGUGAAGCGAGCUGCCAAGGAAUUCAAGAAUGGCAUGUAUGCUAACCUGGGUAUCGGCAUGCCCAUGCUUGCCCCCGGCUUUGUUGGUCCUGAGGUUGAGGUCCAGCUGCAGUCCGAGAACGGUAUCCUUGGCCUUGGCCCCUACCCCAAGAAGGGCCUGGAAGACGCCGAUUUGAUCAAUGCCGGAAAGGAGACGGUCACCCUUAAGCCUGGAGCCGCAGUCUUUGGCAGUGAAGAGAGUUUCGGCAUGAUUCGCAGCGGCAGAAUCAACCUGACCAUCCUCGGUGCCAUGCAAGUCAGCGGAACUGGUGACCUGGCCAACUGGAUGCUGCCAGGCAAGGUCAAGGGCUUCGGCGGUGCCAUGGAUCUUGUGAGCAACCCCAGUGCCACCAAGGUUGUGGUCACCAUGGAGCAUACCGACAAGAAGGGCAACCCCAAGAUUGUCAAGCAGUGCGCAUUCCCACUGACUGGCCGCGCGUGCGUUUCUCGAAUCAUUACUGAGCUGGGUGUUUUCGACGUCGAUUUUGCUCACGGCCUAACUCUGAUCGAGAUCGCGGACGGAGUGACGGUAGACGAGAUCAAGAGCAAGACGGAGGCUCCGUUCAGAGUCGCCGAUGACCUGAAGCCGAUGCUAUAG